AAGUACCUUUUAAACAGAUGAAGUACGAGACGUUGAGACGUGCCUACUCUACCUACCCAAAACAAAUGUCCGAUCUUGCGCCCAUUUCGUAAGUUCCUCGAACGACUAUUUCGAUUGACGCCCUACUAAAAUUAUUUAUAAAUUAUAUUUGGGCAAAUGUGCACUAUGAGUUCUUAAAAGGAUGAUUUCGAUUCGAGUGUAGUAUAUUUUGUUAGUUUAUUGAAGAAUUCAGUGUUUUAUAUUUAUCGUCUCGGCCGUACUUAGACGAAAGGAAUCAAGUUUCAUUACAAAUAAAAGUGUUUGCGUAAGUUCAGCGUAAUCAUUCCGCGAAGGAUAAAUUUUAUAAGUUGUCUUGGGAUAAUUAUCGUUUGACCGUCAAGAUGGCAGUGAGGAGACCUUUCACCUGGUAGCGCUUGAGUAGUCGGGCAGGAUCCUCGAUGAGCGUCUCGACGGAGGGUGUGCGCGGCGCGGGUGCGGGCUCUGACGAGUGCUGUGUGCGAUGGUGAUAGCAAAGCGAAAAGUUAAAAAGCCGGUGUACAACACGAGCACUAUCAAAAAUAUGGAUUACAACUGGGCACCAGGCCCAGAGCCCCCUAACAACCAGGAGAUAGGGGUGCCCAAAGCGGUGUUCGUUCCACAUUCCAACUCCUUGCCGUUUGAAGAGAGAAGAGUCACCCUGGAGCAACCUGUCAAGAUUGGACGCAAUGUAUAUCGAGCGACUCCCAGCCCUACAAAUACCAUCUUCGAAUGUCGAGUGCUAUCGCGGCACCACGCUACGCUGUACUAUGACAAAGGACACUUUUACCUCGUGGACAACCAAAGCAGCAACGGCACGUUCAUCAACAACAACCGGUGUUCGAUAUCGAAGGAGCAGGAGCCGCACGAGGUCUUCUCGGGGGACGUGGUCCAAUUUGGCAUUCCCGUCGUUGAGAAUGCUACCAAUUCGGAGAAGAACACGUUCCCACCCGUGGUUGCGCUACUCAAGCUGUUUCACCCCGAUGGCAAAGAGGCGAAGCUGUCCUUCAACCCCACCAUGACCACGCCGCUGCACCUCAAGGAACUGUAUCAGCUGAACAACUUCGUGCAGGAAGCGAUCCAGCGCGAAGCCUCCCUUGAGGGGCGGCUGCGGGCGCUCCGCGAGUGCGUGCAGCGCACGCAGGCCGAGGCGCGCGCCUCGUGGGAGCUGUUCGUGGGCGAGCAGCGGCUGCUGAUGCGCGUGCACACGCUCGAGACGAUGCUCGCGGCCGGCAAGCAGCCCGAGGCGGCGCACGUCGCGCAGCUGCUGCACGACAAGAAGAACUACCAGGAGGUGGCAACAGAGAGCCUUCGAGCCGCUCACGAGCAACGACUAGCACUCGAGGAGACCCUCGAGCGGCGCGGACGGGAGACCGCCGCGUUACUCGAGCACAACGCCGCGCUGCGGCUCGCCGCUAAGAACGCCACGGCCGAGCUACAGAAGCUGGCAGCGCGGUGCGAGCGCAAGAUGUGCGCGGCGCGGCUCGCCAUCGCCGCCGCCGAGGAGCGCGAACUCGCCGCCAGGAACCAGCUGCCGCUCGCCUACUCAGUACAAAACGGCGAGGCAAAAAUGCUGGUACUGAGCACGGACAGCAACAAGCUAGCGGAGGCGAAGCGCACCGGCACCCUGGAGGACGCCGUGCGCGCGCUGCCCGACUACAUCAAGAUGCUGCUGCCGCAACACCUGCUCAACAAGGUCGGCAUUAAAGCCAUAUCCGCAGAGGGCAAAUCGGCGAAAGAAUUCGAAUUGAUAUUGAAGAAGAAUAAUAUUUACGAUGAAGAAAACAAAGAAAAAGACGAAGUGUCGGACGGGUCGACGGGCGAGGACGGCGGCAGCGGCGAAGAGAAGACCGGCGAGCCCGACCUCUGCACCGACGACGAGAAGCAGCAGCGGCUCAACCACGAGCCGGACCGGGACGGGUCGUCGAGCCCGCUGGACGGCGAGCUGCGCGCCGACAACAACGCCAACUCCACCUACACCGAGCCCGAGACUGAGGAUUCGCCGAGUAAAGGCGGGGUAGAGUACGCGAACAUCCUGCGCGUGAUGGCCGGCCUCAACGAGGAGAUCCGCGCGCUGCGCGAGCGGCUGGGCGCGGCGGGCGCGGAGGCCGAGCAGCUGCGCGCCGCGCGCGACGAGCUGCUGGCGGCGAGGGCCGACCCCGACCCGCCGCACGCCGACCACGACGACCUGCGCCACGCGCACGCCAAGAUAGACGACCUGCAGGCCCAGCUGAAGAGGUCGACCGCCGUGGAGGAGGCGAACCUCGCCGAAAUCCAGCGGCUCGCGUCGAGCGCGGCGUGGAUGCAGGCCGAGCUCGCGUUCCGGCCCACGCGCGCCUACGUGGACGACCUCACCGCCGACGUGGCCGCGCUCCGCGCCGACCUGCAGGCCCGCGACGCCGCCCUCGACCGCCUCUCCGCGCAGCACGACGCCGACCCGCCCCGAGACCUGCCCGCCCGACCCACCGCCGACAAGGCCGUCGAGACCGACCGCGAGGUCGAGGGCGACGACCCCGCCGACGCGACGAAGAUAUCCGCCGACAUCGACGAGAUGUUCCGCCUCGACUACGACGACGACGAGACGGAGUCGGUCGCGACGGAGAUCGACACCGCGACACCCGAGGAGACCGUCGCCGAGCCGGCGGCGACCGAUCACCUGCUGGAGGAGGAGCGGCUGGCGGGCCAGCUGGCGAACGGGUCGCUGCACGCGCUGCAGGAGGAGCUGGUGCGCGCCAAGGAGAGCUGGGCCGAGGUGUGCGCGGAGCGCGCGCGGCUCGCCACGCAGCUGGCCGAGCUGCAGCACAAGCCGCGCCUGCCCGGGCCGCACCUGCUGGCCGUGGUGCUGCCGCUGCUGGCCGCCGCGCUGUACUGGCUGCUGCCCUAUCUGUCCUGAUUAACGGCCACGUGGGACCCGCCCGGGUACGAGUAGCCGUCCGGGCGAGCCGCCGCUCCGCGACCCGUGCGAGCCGCGAGGACCGUUCCUUGUUCAAAUUUAUUGCUCACUCUUUUACCUCUAUCGACGUGUUUCGGAACGCGAGCCCGACUCGGACCGACCCGCCCGCUGCCGGUACCUCGAAUUAAUAUAAUAGAUGCGCCCCGUCGGUGGCCGCUCGAAGAUCUCGGAAUAUUUAUUGAUAUUGUAAUUCGAACCUAGAAUAAUUUAGAGUAUAAAGUGAUAGUUGAUAGGUUAUUAGUUUGGAUCUUCGACCGAGCGACCGAGGCGUAUCCGCCGGUCGGUGCGAGUGGGCGCAGUACCGCGGGGACUCUGAGCUUGUAUUGAAGUGCCAUUUGCCUCCGGCGCGCCGCGGCGAGCGCGAGACGGGCGUCUCGGCGGAGCGUGUAUAUAUCUUUAGUAUCGUAUCUGUAAAAAUUGACAGUAUCGUAUUGAUAGAUAUAAAAUUGAUUGUUGAUAUCUGCCAUAAUAAAUACUUGUACAUUUUAUAUAUUAAGGCCUAACGACUGUCCUAAGUUAUACAUACAUAUAAUAUUGUUGAACCUCGGCGUGAGCGGCGGAGCGACGCCGGGUCCCCUUGUUGGAUAUUAGAUAAAGAUACUUCAUGUGUGUUCAUCGGUGAGCGUCGUCGACUCGUCGCGCAGUAACCGACCUGUCGCCUUGUUAUCGCUUUGCGGAGCUACACAUAUCAAUUAUAGGUUUACGUGCGGGCAUUAUGCACACGGCCUGGGUCGCGAGGUUUGUUCGAAUAGUUUGCAUUUUCUAGUCUUUAUAAUCGACUUACAAUUUCUUGCAUGACUUUUUCUACUCUUGUAGUAUGAGCUGGUUAAAAAAAUGUUUGUAUUGAAUAUUAAUGAGUCUAAAUGACGGGGUCUCGAUUUGUCUUGACGCAUUUAUGAGCAUCGAUGACAUUUGUAUGUGCAUUGACGACAUGCAGCAUGUAAGCAUUUUUGUUACGCGUAGCCCAGCGGUUGGGGGCAUGCGGUCUAGUUUAGUUCCCGGGGAGGAGUUUGUGUUGCCGCGAGUUCAGUCGAGGCGGGCACGCCGGUGCCGCUCGACGCUUCAGAUCGCUUUAGCUCUGUGAUGUGAUGGCCAAUAGAUAAUUUUUGUAACAAACUUGUAUUGUAUAACUAACGAUUGAUUAAUUAUAUUGCCCUAGAUUUACUAUUACCUUACCACGUUGAAGUCCCGUGUCUAUAUUUAUUAUUUAAUUGUUGCACUGGUUUUGUUAUGUUCGAUGUUUAUUUGUGUUUAAACCACCUGAAUGUAAAUAGAUUUUAUCUUAUAGUCGUUCUUUCGUUUAUUUUCACGCUGUCCGAGAAUUUAUGUUGUAUUUUAUGAAGUAAAUUAAUAAUGCAUUCUAUGUGGAUGUACUGAUAAAUUUAUGCAAAUAAUAUUGAAUUGUUUAAACAAA